CUCAGCUGACCCCUUCAGGGCUGAAGAUCAUUGACAUGUCUGGACAAGGACUGACCAGUAUUCCCAUCAAUCUGAUUACAACCAAAGAUGUUGGACACCUGCUCCUGCCAUCAAACAACCUCCACUCUAUCACUCCCGAUAUUGUACGCAUGAAGAGCCUGGAGAAGCUGGAUAUCUCCAAAAAUGAGCUGGCUCUGCUGACUAACCUGACUGAGCUGAACAUCUCUGAAUGCAACCUGUCCUUUAUGCCACCGGCUAUCUUGAAGAUGACCAGCCUCAAAGUUUUGGACAUAAGCAGGAAUAAGAUUAACAUUCUAGUGCCAGAGAUUGGUCAGCUUGUGAACCUUGUCAGGCUCAAUCUGCAGCAAACAAACAUCACAUCCCUGCCCCCAGAAAUUGCUUACUGUCAAGAAAUGGAACAACUGCACCUCUGGGGCAAUGCCAUAGAGACUCUCCCAGAAACCUUGUCAGAAAUGUCGCAAUUAAAAGCGCUGGCCAUAAAUUACAGAAGCUUCUGUGGAGUGGUGGAUCCCUACAUGGAGAGCUUGCUAAAAAAAGGCCAGAUCAAGUCUGAGCAUAUUCCCAGUGUAGUGUUUGAGCUGCCAGCUCUGCAAGUUUUGGACCUGGAGAAUACCAAACUAAACACGCUUCCAGAUAUCAACAACACAGUGCUGAAAGAACUCUAUCUAUCCAAGAACUUCAUGCAGGUAUAUGGUAGAUGUAUGCUACUUUCUAACAUCCCACAAAGCAUCUACAAUCUCCACCACCUACGUAUACUGGAUAUGUCCAACAACCUUUUAACAGAAUUCCCUGAGGACAUUGGUCAUCUGAAGGGUCUUCAGAUUCUCAGGCUGGCUGCCAAUGACCUGGAGAUUAUACCUUCAACUAUAGGCAGCCUUACACAGCUUGAAGAACUGAACUUAUCUCAAAACAGAAUUCACAGGCUUCCAUCAGAAAUGAAAGGUAAACUACAGAUUAUAAACACUCUACAGGCAUUGUUCCUUGCGGGAAACAAAAUUCAGAGCCUGCCCAAUGAAAUCUGUGAACUGGUCCAACUACAUACACUAGAUCUGACAGGAAAUGAAAUCCACACUUUGCCCACAAGUCUCUACCACUUAUCAAACCUGACAGUGGCACACAGUUACCACAAACUGGAAAAGUGUGGCCUGUGGUUGCACAAGAACCCAAUAGUACAGCCACCUCCAGAAAUCUGGCGCUCUGAUAAGCCAGAUCAUCUUUUUGAAUACCUACAGAAACUGGUAACUUUCAAUACUGAGAAUUUGCAACGUCAGAAAAUUCAGUUACUGGGGGACACUCAGUGUGGAAAGACAAGUCUAGCCAGAGCUAUUACAACCAGAAAAUCUCAACUGACUAAUGGGCCUGAAGACAAGACCAGACUUUUGAAACAAACUCUCUGUAAAUCUGUCAACAAGGUGGAAUUCGUUGUCAAUGACUUUGGUGGAGAUCAUGCGUACAGACCAUUUUACAGGUGGUUUAUGGACAGGAAAGCAUUAGUUAUGCUGGUGUACAAUACAGCAACUUUAUGUGAGGACAAUUUCCAUAACUGCAUCAGUAGAUGGCUAGACAUGCUGAGUGCCAGUUGUCCUGGGGCAGUGGUGAAGUUAGUUGGAACACAAAUAGACCUACUGCAACCACAGGUAAGCAAAAAUGAGCAUAACCAAGCAAUGGAUAUUCAGCAUGAUCUCAGUUGUUCUGAAGGAUCCACAGAAACUGGUACAGACAAAGAGAGUGUGUCAGACACAGACCCACAAGACACUGCCAGAAACAAAAACAGUAACUCUGCACCUGAAGUUUUAAGCCAGGAGAAAGUUCAUGGCAUGGUGAUGAAGUACUUAUACUCUAAAGAGGUUAAAGUAGCAAAUGAAUUGAAAGCAUUAGAAAGUGACAUAGCAAAAACAAAAGCAUUGAGACAUGUUGACAAGAAUGAAGCUGAAGUGGCAUUAAGAAUGAUGCAGGUAAGAGAGAAGCAGCUAAAAGAUAUUCUGCAGAAACCACUACAGAUUCUGCCAGAAGUAAGCCAAGUUAGUGCUUCUGAAAGUCUGGAGGGGAUAUUUCAGCUCACUGAUGACCUGGAGAAGCUAGCCAUUGACAAAGAACUGUUUCCACAUGCUUGGCAACAAAUCCCCAGCCACUGGAAACGACUCCGCUUGUUGCUCAAACAGAGAAAAGGAUACUAUCUGAAAUGGCGUGAGAUUCAGCAAACAGCAGAAAUGCUUCAGAUACAAGAUGAGGAGCUGAGGAAUUGUAUUCAACAUUUGCACAACACUGCUGACAUAAUGUGGAUAAGUGAUGAUCCUGUAUUGCAGGAAAUAGUGUUCCAUAAACCAAAAAUGCUAGUAGACUUUAUAGCAUCACUAUACAGACAUGACUUUGCUGAUUUCCUAAGCUACGACAAUAAAGUGUUUCCCUGCACAAGUGGAAUGACCAGAGAGCAGUUUCAAGAGUGCUCUGACAUGUUCAACUCCACUGGAGAAAUCUCACAGCCACUUUUCAAAUGCCUUCUGUUUCCCAUCAGUGUCCCAAAAGAUGACAUUGCUAUGCUGUUGGAACUGUUCUCAUUUCUUGACAUCUGUUAUCUCGUACCUGAUGGACCAGCUGCACCUCUGUACAACCGCCCAAUGAUAGUCCUUCCCUGGUUCAACAAGAACACUGACAUUUCAUUCUUGAAAGAGUUAUGGCCCGAGAACAACGCAGAUGAAGACACAGAGCUAGCAGUUAAAUACAGCUUUCCAUUCUUCUGCCCUCCUGAAAUCUUCCCAAGCUUGUCAAUCCAGAUACAAGACAUUGUGGAUGAAAGAAUGGACUGGAAAGACCAUGUAUUUGCUAGUCGUGGUAUGCAGAUGAUGCUAAUCCACCGUUUAGAAGAAAAUGAUGACACAGUUUUAACUAUCCGGUUAAAAGGUCCAGAAUUGUCUGAGCUACAUGAAUUUAUGAGUGAAAUUGUGAAUUUAGUCAACAUUCAGAUAGUUGGGUACUCAGGGUUGUACUGGAAGUUGUCAAUCCCAACGGGUCUCAACAGUUUAAAAAAUAUCCCAUAUAGCCUUCUGAAGGUAAAAUAG